AUGGAUCAUCCGAAAGAAGGUUCCGGGGAAUCCGGGAUGCCUCCCUCUGCUUCUGGAGCUAAACUACUGAAAGUUAAGCAAGAAGUCGGAGCCAAGAUGAGGAAGGGGAAAAAGACAGCCAGGGAGGCAAUCGCGACCAGAGUUUCUAAACGGAAGAAGAAAGACGAUUCUAGUGGGAGCAGUCCUCACUCGCCUUCGUUGCUGAAAAAUCAAGACGUGGUUAACCUCAUGGUUCAAGCUCUCGGCCAAAAGGAGCUUGGCCGUGCCUGUAAUUCCGACGAAACCCCCGAGACCGCUCCGGAGGGUUGGUUCUGUUGCCAUGAGAAGUACAUCUCCAAGUCUCACUUGAGAUUUCCUCUUCCGACCCUACUGCUUGAUCUACUAGAUCAUUAUCAGUUAGCCCUUUCCCAACUCUGUCCCUCGGUUAUCCGGGUGAUAAACGGCUUUAUCACUAGGUCCAAAGAGGAGGGGGUUAGCGUCGGUCUUACCGAACUUAUGAGCCUCUUUUCCCUGAAGGAAAGCGCCUCUAAGGAGGGUGGUACCGGGACCUACUACCUCCCUAGUCGUCCCAAUCAUGUUAUCUUCAGGUUCUCUAGUAGUGAUGAUGACUGGAGGAAGAAGUAUUUUUACGUUAAAGUUGAUCCUUCGACGGUUCCUGUGGGUCGGAACCUUAGGGUCACUUGGACUAAUCCAUCUGAAAUCGAAGAUCCUCCGAAGCUCUCUACCAAGCUCACCAGGGCUCUAUACCGCAAGUUGCAGCAGAGUCCCUAUUCCCAGAUACCUACAACGCCUCUUUCCAAGAUCCCAUUCCUGCUGAGAACCUUGAGAGUGAGUUCUUGUCCGAACCUUUUCAAUGAUUUUAUCGCUUUGAAGUUUUUAAACUUAAGGAUUUCCAUUGUUCCAGUUUCGGCAGGCGAUUCGGUUGUAUCGAUCUCAACUGGUGCUAGUGCUUCGGGAACUGAAAAGUCUCAGCCAGGUGACAUGACUCUGCGACCAUCAUUCCGUUCUAGGGGUAACCCCUCUAAAGCUGCCAGUGCUUCUCGUGGAAGCGACAGGAACCAAGGAGGAUCGUUCCUUAUCUCAAUGAAGGAAGUUUUGGACGACGGAGGAUCCAAACCUGUUGUCGAGACUACUCCAACUGAGGUUGUAGCUCAGGAUGCUGCUCCUCUCCCUGAGGUCCAGGUGCCGGAGGCUGACUACCAGGCUCCGAAGGGUACCUCUGAGGUCGAGCCGUCGAGACACAAGAGGCCCAGGACCGAUCAGGGCGGAGCUCCCACCCGUUCUUCUUCCUCGUCCUCUAGAGGAGGGACUGUUGGGUGGAGCUUUACCCAUUCGAAGCCUGGGUCGAUCCUGGACGACUCUUGGGGCCUAGCUGCGAUAAUGAGGCACCUGAAGAGCGUGGGAUGUCCCCUUCCAGCGCUCAAGGACCUGACUAACCGAGAUGAGUAUCUCGAUAUUGCCCACUGUAUGGGUCAGUUGGCUGGGGCUGUUAACAGGGCCCAGCUCAGGUUUGAGAAUGCUCUGUGUGCUGCCCCCAAUGCUGGUGAACUUGCUGAGGUUACCGAGAUGGUUAAGGCAGCCAAAGCCGAUCUUGACCAAGCCCGGGUUCGAAUUUCUGAACUCGAAGCCGAAGUGACGAGGCUAGGCUCGAAGGCCGAUGCUCAGCAAGGAGAGAUCGAGAGUCAAAAGCUCGAUAUCCAGGUGAAGAGCAGGAGGAUCAAUGAUUUGGAGGCUGCUCGAAAGAUAGCUGAGCAUCAAGUACGUGAGCUCAUUGCCUCAUCCCAGGAUAGCCAGAAGAACAAGGAAGCUGAAGUCAAGCUGGCUGUCAGGGAAGGGAAGAAAGAAGUCGCCGAAGCUUACGGCAAGAUCCUGGUCUGUGUUAAGGAGAAGUUUGCUAGGAAGAAAGAUGAGGUCAACGCCUUGGUGUACGCUCAGGAGCUCCAAGCUAAUGCCGACCUCUUGAAGGAUAUGCUGAACAACAAGAUCCAAAGCGUUGAAGAGGAGUACAACCAAUUGGUGGCCUUAUUACCAGAAGCGACAACUGCGUAUGAGAAGGCUCAAGUCUCUGACUUCUCGGUCAGCAAGCUUCCUCUUCCCCAGAUCUCGGAGAGUUCAGCUCCAGUCGAGGCAGCAAUAGGAGGUGAUGGCAAUGUGGUCGAUGAGGGAGUUCCUGCCGGUGCUGGUGAUCCGAUUCAGGAAGAGAAGGAAGAUUGAGAGCUACGGCUCUUUUAGCUUUAUGUUUUGUGUUUUUAAGACUUCGGCCUAAGGGCUUUGUUUCGUUAUGCAUUAUGACUUAGUGCCUGAGGAGGCCUUUAAACCUUAACACUUGCUGGAUUUCAAUAGCCUGGGGAGGCUUUUAAACCCUUUCUUAUGUUUAAAUCGUGGCUAUUAUUUCUGUUUUAA